CACUUUUCUUCUUUGCUCUAUAUUUUUUCUUUGAGUGACAUUCCAUUUAAUUGUUCAAUAUUUUCGUACACUUUAUACAUAAGACAUAAACCAUGAAGGUCUCGGUUCUCGACAAAUACACCGUACGGGAUGUGAUGGAGUAUCGUGGCAACCCACAGCUCAACCACAAUAUCGAAGACACCGACACAAUCGAGGAAGCUUUGAGGUUAAUGGACACUUACGACAUCGUGUCGUUGCCAGUAUUUGGACGCUCCAAGGGCGGGGAUCAGGAGAGGUCUUCGUUUGUCGAUAUCGUGUCCGUCUAUGACCUGCGUGACUAUAUCAUCCAAUCACAGGAUUUGGAGGAAGAAGUUCACUUCCAGUUAUUGUCUGGUCGACCAUCAGGAAAUCCCACCGUUCUACAACACACAGUCAGUCAAGUAGUUCGAUCGCGCAAACACGCAUCAAAGGAAAUAAGCGCUUCAGCGUCCCUAGAGCAGCUUCUCAGGCUGUUCACCAGCAUGGGUCAGCACCGCGUUCUAGUCACAGAUCUAGAGCUAGGGCCAUCUUUCCCUCAAUACCACCACGCCCAACAACAAGUGCCCGAGAAGCCGGAUAAACCCUUCGGGUACGGCGGACGUCAGCGCGGGUACUCUAUUGAUAGUGCGUGCUCGACCAACAGCACUGUUGAGUACAUUGAGGAAGAGGGCAACGUCGUUGUGUGCGGGCUGACUCAAUACGAUGUUGUCCGGUUCAUACAGCACCACAACCACGAGCUGUGGCACUCUUUAGAUGUGUCGGCGAUGGACUUGGCCAAUGAGAAGUUUUCUUCCGAGGGUGGUAAGUCGGUUGAUUUGUCCAAGCUGCCCCACUUGUCUGUGCGCGACUCGGCGCUCAGCGCAAUGAAGCAGUUGCGCGAUUCCCGUGCCAGCGCCCUUCCAGUUGUCGACCACGAUGGCAGACUGAUCACGGAGGUGGCCGGUACAGGGAUGCGCCGGCUGAACACAAGCUCAAUUGGAAUGUUGGGAAAGCCGGUGCUGGCAUUCAUGUUUGGCCUGCGGUUAACGGUUACUCGUCCAUAUGUGGUUCACCAGGGGUUCACUUUGUCGCAGAUCAUGUCUGGUUUGCUGCGGAUGAACUGCCGUCGUGCUUGGAUGGUCGAUCAGGCUGGACACCCGAUCGCUGUGAUAUCCCUGACCAAUGUGCUUCAACAUUUUCUGUAAUUUUCAACAUUCUAUGUACUAAUUUGUUUCAUUUCAUACUUUUUUCCCCGAAAAUUAUAAAACAAUUAAACAAAUAAAUGAGUUAUCACACU